UCAGCGCGCGUGCGGUGAAGACAUGAUUCAAACAUUCGCUCUCUGGGUUUCCUCAGUAUUUCUAAAGCUGAGCAGCUCCAUCAUUCCUGAGGGGAAAUCGCUUUCGGUCUGUUUGCCUUGCCCAUAUUACUCAGGGCUGAUGGGGACUCUCAGAGAUCUUCAGUUCGCACUUCAGCUGAAGAUAGAGGAGUUACGGCAGAGAGAUGCUCUCAUCGACGAGCUGGAGCUGGAGCUGGACGCUAAAGAUGAUCUGAUCCGCCGCCUGCAGGGGGAGCUCGACCGUCUGCGGCUCUCCGCUCCUGGCGCCUCAGCAGAUGGUCAACAACGUGCUUCUUCCCUGAGAGUGAGGAGAAAAGCUCUGCUAACAGAACCAGUUACCUUGGAGCCGAAACUAGUCUUACAAAAACCACCAAUCAGCCACAGCAAAAGUCAAGAGUCACAGCGGCUGAUAGAAUCGGCUCUGGCAGAAAAUGAGUUUAUGAAAUAUCUAGACAGGGAUCAGAUUCGGUGUUUGGUGGAUUCUGCAUAUCCCAUAACACUCCAACAGGGUGUGAGUGUUGUCCAGGAAGGGGAUAAUGGGACCCAGGCAUAUAUAGUUGAAGAGGGAAAACUGGAGGCAUCCAGGGCUAGCCAGAGGCUGCACAUCAUUGAGCCGGGGAUGAUGUUUGAAGAACUGGCCCUCAUUCAUAACCACACCUGCUCCACUACUGUCACAGCUCUGGUGAACAGCAGGCUGUGGGUGAUGGAGGGUCAGGUGUUUCAGAGGAUCAUGCAGAGGAACGGCCUCGCCGCUAUCACACAGUCUCUGCAUAUCCUGCGCAGUGUGGCACUGCUCUGUGUUUUUCCAGAGGAUGUUCUCGUGAAAGUGUCUGAUUCACUGGAGGAGUCUCACUACAGUGAUGGUGAUUAUAUCAUUCAAAAUGGAAACCCAGGAGACAAACUGUACAUUCUGAGUCAAGGCCAGGUGAAAGUAUUAGAGAAGCACUCAGCCGGUGAGGAGAGUAUGAUUGUGUCUGUCCUCACCAGAGGGGAUUGUUUUGGAGAGAGAGGAGACGAUGUGAGGUCGAUGAGCGCUCUUGCCGCAGGUGAUGUGACAUGUUUGGUCAUAGACAGAGAGGUUUUCAAAAAAGUAACUGGAGGCUUGGAUGAUGCCAGAAAAAAUCCUAGCAACAAGGCCAGAUCGAAGGCAGAUGAAGAUGGGUCUGCGUUUGGUGAAACAUCUCUCAGCAGUUUUCAGGUGCUGUGUAAUCUUGGAGAAGGACAGUACGGUCACACUCAGCUCGUCCAUUUGAAGAGUGACUCCAACUGUAAGUUUGCAUUGAAGACCAUUAGAAAACAGGUGAUACAGAGCCCAGGCCAAAGAGAGAGGAUACUCGCAGAGAAACACAUCCUGAUGGAUCUCCAAAGUCUAUUUAUAGUAAGGUUGCAUUGUACCUAUAAAGAUGCUCAGUGCCUGUAUAUGCUGAUGGAGGCUUGUGAAGGUGGAGAUCUUUGGAAUUUACUGAGAGAGAGGGGGUCACUGGAAGAAGAUGCUGUUCGCUUCUAUGCAGCGUGUGUGCUGGAAGCUCUUAGUGUACUACACGCCAAAGAUAUUGUUCACAGAGACCUGAAACCUGAAAACGUGCUUCUGGACCAGCGAGGAUACGCUAAACUGACAGGGUUUGGUUGUGCUAAGAAGCUGGGCUCUUUGCACAGAGCCUGGUCGUUCUGUGGAUCUGUGGGUUAUCAGCCUCCAGAGGUCAUUCUGCAUCAAGGUCACAGUCUGUCCGCAGAUCUCUGGGCUCUAGGGAUGUUGCUGUAUGAAUUGCUCAAUGGCAGUCCCCUGUUCCCUGGCUCGGAGCGGCUGAAGGUUUAUACAGCAUCUCUGAAGGGAAUAGAUGAGCUAGAGUUCCCAAAACCCAUCAGCAGGACUGCAGCACAUCUCAUCAAGAGCCUCUGCAGGCUCAACCCCUCAGAGAGACUGGGCCAGAGGAACGGGGUCAAGGACAUCUGCAAACACAUGUGGUUUGAAGGAUUCGACUGGGAAGGACUUCAGAAGGGCACAUUGACUCCGCCAGUAAUACCAAACGUUCCCUGUGUCUCUGAUCAUGGAGGGUCUGAACUCCUGCCAGAAACCCACACUGAAGCAGCACCACUGGAUGAUUCUGGCUGGGAUGUAGACUUUUGAUUUUUACAAUGGUGAUAUUGACAAUGUACUGGGAAAAAAUAAUGGACUCUUGUGUUCAUUUUGCAUUGACUUUGCAGUUGAUUAUUUUAAUUAUAUAUUUUUUUCUGAGUUGAAAUCCAAUGGAAACGGUACACAGCUUCAGGACUAGAAUUACAUUGCACUUCAAAUGUGUCGAAAUGCACGAAAUGCAAAUGUACAUCAUUCGGAUUUAUUUUUUAAUUGAAGCUUAUUUCGGUCACAGAAUAAAAAUAUUCAAAUAGCAUUUACUUCUUUCUUUUUUUUCAGAAUUGCAUGAUAUAAACUCUCAAUUCUGAGAAGAAAACAAAACUCGCAACUGUUAGAAAUAUUCAGAAUAAUGAGGUGAAAAGUCACUAUUAGCUACCUUUAAAUUAAGUCUUUUCUCACAAUUGCGAGAUUAUCACAAUUCAGACUUUCCUCAGAAUUGCAAGUUUUUUCAAACAAUUCAGACCUUUAUCUCACAAUUCUGACUUUAUAUCUUGCGAGAAAAAUAGUCAGAAUUUUAAAAUAAAAUCGCAAAUAGGCACUGUUUUUAUUUUUUAAUUUAUAUGUAUACAGGGUGCGAUUUGCGAAAAAAAGCAGAGUGGGGAUGCUUUUGAAAACGUUUUUCUCUCUUCAUAGGUGGAAGGUAAGGUUAAGGCUAUAGCCUAAAUAACAUAAACCCGUCUUUUUAGGCAAGUAAACUACCAUAUAAUGGGUGUCAUGUCAUGAAAUGUUUUUAAUAUGACGGAAACUGUAUUUAUUUAACGUGAUCAUAAUCUGUUAAAACAUAUAAUUAGGCCUUUUAAUUGUAAUGAUUUCAUUUCCAUAAAAAAAUAAUUUUAUUGAAACUGGUGCACUGCUGUGCCAAAAGAUAUUUCGAAACAUUUCACCACAUACAUUAGCUUUUGCCACACAGACCUUUGUGUCCAAUAAUGUGUUACGAAUGAGGUCAAAUCUCUAGUCAAAGAGGAUUUCAAAACCCAUUCAUAACAAUAAUCAGGGAGCCGAUCAACAGACUCCCUGGAGUCCCCGCUCUCACUCCCAAGGCUUCAAAACACCAAAAACACUCUUUAAAGUGAAAAAGUGAAUUUAUUAAACAAAA